AUGCCAUGCUGGGCCAGAGGCUCAGCUAGACAUGUAUUUACCCAUAUCCGGGUUAGAGAGGAAAGGAAAGUUUGAUUUUUAAAACAGACCUGGAGAAACUUUUCUACCUAUUUAAAAAAGAGGAAUAGAAAAUAGAAUUUAAUAUAUUAUUAUAAUCACCAUGCAACAAAAGAAAGUGUGAGCCUAUUUUUCUUUUGCUUUCAAACUGGAGGAGGACAAGUUUUUUUCCCCCUUUUAAUAAUAUUUAAUGAUCGGGUGUAAAAGGAAGAGAAGAAGCAGACGUGUCUGUGUCUCUCCCUGCUCUCUGACUGAUUUUCUGAGAGAUGAUCAUGGCCGCUCAAGUAGCAGCAGCUCCGGCCAACAGUAGCAGCAACGGUAGUAGCCCCGGCCUAAGCAGCCGCGACCCAGACAGCAUCAACAACGGAAAACCGGCGGCGGUGGCGGCUCCGGGAGGAGGACUCGGCGGUGACGGCGGAGAUCCCAGUGGCGGCGGCUUGAGCCUGAACAGCGUUGAUCAUCAUCACCAUCCUCGCCACCACCAUCACCACCACCACCAUCACCUUCACCUUCCCCACCAGCAGCAGCACCACCACGGCGAGCUCAACAUGGCCAACUCCUCGGGGCCUGGCCCCGGUCCGGCUAACAACAACAGCGGUGGCGGCGGCGGCACUGCUGGAGGCUCGGGGUCGGCCUCGUCCAACCCCAACCCUGAGCCAACGCACAAAGAACCCGCCUCGGCCUCGCCUUCCUCGGCGUCCACCGCCUCCUCCUCAUCUUCGGCCGCCAGUGAGGCGGGGAUAAUUUCUAAUCACAAACUGAAACCCACCGGCGCUGAGUUGUUGCUUCCUCCCCAUCACCAAGGAGAAGGAGGCGGCGGGGUAGAGACUCAACAUGGAGGCGGCGGCGGUGGUGGUAAAGACAACAUCUUGUUAACCGCUGACAACCAGGGAAACAACAAGGCCGACGACCAAUUGCUCAAAAUGGGUGAUCAGAGAUAUGAGCACCCGGCAGCUGCGGGCUCCAAUACCCAAACGGAGCCGGCUCCUGGCCUCCCCGAUUAUAAUCAUUAUUACCGGGCGGCGGCAGGAACAGGCCCCGGUCCCGGACCCUACUUCGAUCAACAUGGCGGACAACAAAGCCCGGGGCUUGGGCUUCAUCCUUCCAGCAGCUUGGAGUUAAGCGCCAGCCCGCUACACAACUCUCACGACAGCUAUUCAAACAACUACAACCAUUACUCGAGCUACAGGCCGGCCUACAGUGGCCCUGGUUACAGCAUGAUGAACUCGCCCAGGGCCAACAAUAUGGGAUCCGGUGUGGCCACCAACAGCGGCCACCAUCAUCACCAUCACGGCAAGCAACAGCCGCCUCUGGCCGGGGCAUUUCAGCGCUACUCGAGCCAAAACCAGCAUUCGGGGGCCACACCAACCCUCAACCAGCUUCUGACCUCCCCCAGCCCCAUGAGGGGAUAUGGCUUUUCGGACUACAGUAAUCCUGGUCUUUCGCAGGCCUCGCUGAAAGGGAACGACAUGAGCAGUCAGUACGGAAUAGGGAGCAGCCAAGCCUGGGGAGGCGGAGGAGGAGGAGGUGGUGGUGGUGGCGGCGGCGGCGGCGGUGGUGGAGCAGCGGCAGGACAAGCCCGCAGCCACCCAGCCAUGAGCCCUGGCAGCUCGGCGCAGCCUCUAGGCAGGACACAGGGCAACCCAGUUGAACAAAUGGGUAUGAAGAGACCUCAGCUAUACGGGAUGAACAACAAUCCUUAUUCACAGCAGCAGCAUCAACAGCAGAGUGGACCUUACCCUGGGCAGUCAUAUGGACCUCCUACACCACAACGUUAUCCAGUAACCAUGCAGGGCAGAAAUCCAAGUAAUAUGGGAGGAAUGCAAUACUUACAGCAACAGAUGCCCCCUCAAUAUAGUCAGCAGGGUAUGACUGGUUACUGCCAACAGGGCCAACAGCCUUACUACAAUCAGCAGCAGCAACAACAAUCUUCAUACAUGCAACAAGCACAGCAGAGGUACCAACCCCAACAGCAACAGGAUAUAUCUCAGGAAGGCUAUGGAGCUCGCACUGUGCCGCCAUUGACACCUAGCAAGCCCAACCAUGAAGAUUUGAACUUGUUACAGCAGGAAAGACCAUCAAGUUUGCCUGAUUUAUCUGGAUCCAUCGACGAUUUACCAACAGGGACAGAAGGUACACUAAGUUCUGGAGUGAGUGCUUCAGGAUCCUCAAGUGGCCAAGGAGAACCAAGUAAUCCUGCACAAUCUCCCUUCUCCCCUCAUGCUUCGCCUCAUCUGUCUGGUAUCCGGGGCCCCUCCCCCUCUCCUGUUGGUUCUCCUGUUGGAAGCAAUCAGUCCAGGUCUGGACCCCUGUCCCCAGCAGGUGUACCAGGAGCUCCAAUGCCAGCUCAACCUCCCAAUAGCCAAUCAGAUGCUAGUUCUCAUCCUAUCAUGAGUCAGUCACCUAUGUCACAGGAUCGAGGUUUUAUACCAGGUAUGCAAAGAAACUCUCAAAUAUCUCAGUACGGUUCUCAGCAUUCUGGUCCUCCUAUUUCUCCGCAUCCAUCACCUGGAGGGCAAGUGCAACCUGGUACAGUUCCUUACCAGCAAAGCAAUUCCAGCAGCACUUAUGGUCCUCAAAGCGGGCAAUAUGGACCACAAGGUUGUGCCAUGUCAGUUAAAAGAAAUGGCAGCACUCAUGGAUCGGAAGGAAAGGACAGGGGCACUGUCGGUCUCGAUAUAGUAAAGAACGUCGACGGAAACCCUGGAGGUAAUUAUCCAAGACCGCCAAAUUAUGGUGUAAUACCGAGCACCAACUACAGUGGUCCAGGCCCAGGCAUGGGUAGCAACAUAAGUGUGAAUAUGAGCAACCAGAUGCAUGGUCAGGGUCCAGCUCAACCUUGCAGUAACAUGACUAUGGGGAGAAUGCCAUCAUCAGGGAUGUCGAACUGGCCGUACUCUGGCAACAUGGGAAAUAUGACCCCAAACUCUCCAAACAUGUCACAGCAGGUUGGCGCAGGAAUGGGUCCACCCAUGGCAACUGUAAAUCGCAAGGCGCAGGAGGCUGCUGCUGCAGUGAUGCAGGCUGCAGCAAACUCUGCUCAAAACAGGCCACCGUAUAUUAGGUCGCCUGGUUUUCCCAGUCAAACUGGGCCUGGUGGACGUCCUGUCUUUCCACCACAACAUCCCAACUAUGGCAACACUCAGGCUCCCAUGAUGUACCAGCCUGACCAGUACGGGCAAAGUGGAUACACUGGAAUGAACCAAAGUAGUAUGAUGGGCUCUAGCUCUCCAUACAGCCAAUCUGUGAAUAACAGCUCGAUAAUGUCAAACCCUCAGACUACUUCAUACAACAUGGCAUCCAGCAUGGUGAACAACUCUUCAGCUUCAAUGGGUCUCGGAGCAGACAUGAUGGCACAGGCCGAUUCCAAACUUCAAGUACCUCAGAAAAUGGAUAUUAAAGAAGAAGGACCCCCUCCGACUGAGACCAAGUCUAAGGAUAGCUACAACUCUCAGGGUAUUUCUCAGCCCCUUACCUCAGGCAACCUGCCAACCCUUUCCCCCAUGUCCCCAAGCUCUACUAGCAUCUCCUCAAUGCAUGGAGAUGAAAGUGAUAGCAUUAGCAGCCCAGGCUGGCCAAAGACUCCGUCAAGCCCUAAAUCAAACUCUUCCACAACUGGUGACAAGAUAACCAGGUUGUAUGAGCUGGGGAGUGAACAGGAACGCAAGAUGUGGAUAGACCGUUAUCUGUCCUUCAUGGAGGAAAAAGGAACACCAGUGACCACAUUACCUGCUGUGGGCAAAAAACCAUUGGACCUUUAUCGACUUUAUGUCUGUGUUAAGGAAGUUGGUGGUUUGGCACAGGUUAACAAAAACAAAAAAUGGCGUGAACUGGCAACGACUCUGUGCGUAGGUACAUCAAGCAGUGCAGCUAGCUCACUAAAGAAACAAUAUAUUCAGUACCUGUUUGCCUUUGAAUGUAAGAUUGAACGUGGAGAAGAACCCCCUCCUGAGAUGUUCAGUUCUGCCGAAUCCAAAAAGCAGCCGAAAAUACAACCACCUUCUCCUGCAGGUUCAGGUUCCUUGCAAGGACCGCAGACACCUCAGUCCACAAGCAGCUCGUUGGCAGAAAGUGGAGAUUUGAAACCGCCGACCCCUGUCUCAACACCACUUGGACAAAUGACACCUAUUCAGGGUAACAGCAGGAAUAAUGCAAUCAGUGUGCAGGAUCCCUUCUCCGACGUUAGCGAUCCAGCAUUCCAGAAAUGGGGCUCCAUGACACCAAAUGCUCCGUACCAACAGGGGAUGAAUAUGCCUGAAAUGAUGAGUCGAAUGUCAUAUGAACCCAAUAAAGAUCCCUUUGGUGGUAUGAGGAAAGUGCCUGGAAGUAAUGACCCUUUUAUGCCCCCUGGAGUAAUGCCUAACAGUGGGAUGCAGGAUCUGUACAACCGUACACCGUCAGGAGGAAUGGUUAACUUGAACAUGGGUCAGCGCCAGCAGUAUGCGUACGGAUCCAGCUAUGAGCGAAGGCCUGAACAUGGAAUGGGUCCUGAAGGCAAUAUGGGGCCUCCAGGAGGUCAGUCUAACAUGAUGUCAUCAAACAGUGACACAAGCAUGUACUCACCAAACCGCUACCCUGCACAACAAAGGCAUGAUCCUUAUGGCCAACAGUACCCAGGCCAAGGUCCCUCCUCAGGACAGACAGCAUAUGGAGGCCAUCAGACAGGAAUUUAUCAACAGCAGCAGAACUAUAAGCGACCCAUGGAAGGCAUAUAUGGUCCUCCACCAAAGCGUCAUGAGAGUGACAUGUACAACAUGCAAUAUGGCAACCAACAGCAGGAAAUGUACAACCAAUAUGGAAACACUUACACUGGACCAGACAGGAGAUCCAUGCAAAACCAGUAUCCGUUAACAUACAAUAGAGAGAGAAUGCAGGGUCCAGGUCCAGUGCAGCAACAUGGAAUGCCACCACAAAUGAUGGGAGGACCAAUGCAAGUAUCCUCCACUGAAGGGCCACAGCAGGGCAUGUGGCAAUCACGGAAUGAUAUGCCUUACCCAUAUCCAAACAGGCAAGGCCCCGGAGCACCUCCGCAGGCAUCGCCAUAUGCAGGGAUGAAUCGCACUGAUGAAAUGGUAUUACCUGACCAGAGAAUGAACCAUGAAGGUCAAUGGCCUUCUCAUGUGAACCAGCGUCAGCCUUCAUACAUGUCUUCAGCUUCCAUGCCUCCUAUCUCACGACCACCUCAGUCCUCCUACCAGACUACUCCUUCAAUGCCAAACCACAUUUCCAGAGCACCAAGUCCAGCUCCCUUUCAGCGAUCUUUAGAAAACCGAAUGUCUCCCAACAAAUCUCCCUAUAUGUCGUCCAUGAAGAUGCAGAAGGUUGGCCCUCCAGUUCCAGCCUCACAGGUUGUUGUCCCACAACAACAGCAACCUCCAUUAAGGCGGGAAAUUACAUUCCCUCCCGGUUCAGUGGAAGCAUCACAACCAGUCUUAAAAGCAAGACGAAAACUUACCUCAAAAGAUACUGGAACUCCAGAGGCAUGGAGAGUUAUGAUGUCCCUCAAAUCUGGUCUGUUGGCUGAAAGCACUUGGGCUCUGGACACCAUCAACAUCUUACUUUAUGAUGAUAGCACUGUAGCCACAUUCAACCUCUCCCAAUUGUCUGGUUUCUUGGAACUUCUGGUCGAAUAUUUCCGAAAAUGUUUGAGAGAAAUAUUUGGAAUUUUAAAAGAAUAUGAGGUUGGAGAUCCAGGUCAGAAGGCUCUCCUUGAUCCAGAUGCUUUUAAGAAAGAUCAUGUUAACCAUACUGUGGAUGAUAUUAAGAAGGAGGAAGGUGAAGAACAGCUAGAUUAUGAUGAUCAUUACGAUGACUCUGAUGGUGAUGACACUGACGGAGAGGAAGAUGGCCAGUCUGGAAGUGAAGACAGCCGAGUCAACUUUGCAACAAAUGAUUCACAGGUUGGUGGUGAGAAACCAAAACAAGCCAGUAAAUUUGACAGACUGUCAUUGAAGAUUGUGAAGAAAAAGGAUCUUUUUGUAGUUGAUCGUACAAAUAAACUUGGUAGAGUUCAAGAAUUUGACAGCGGAUUGCUCCAUUGGAAGAUUGGUGGAGGUGACACAACAGAGCACAUUCAGACCCAUUUUGAGAGUAAAAUGAAAAUGCUAUCUCGCAAGAAGGUGCAGGCAUGCUUAAGCGGUCCAAGUAAAGAGAAAAAAACAAAAGAACAUGAGAUCUUUGAAAACCUAAAUACAGAAGAGCAGCCAGAAAAGAGUAUCACAGCAACAAUAGAUGAUGUAUUGUCAGCACGGCCAGGAGCUCUACCAGAAGACAAUUCUAAUCGUUUGACUUCUGAAACAGGCAGCAGUAAGUUUCUAUUUGGUAUCCACCAAGCAAAAGCACAUAGAAAUAUAAAGUUAUUGGAGGAUGAGCCUUGUAGCCGUGAUGAGACUCCAUUAUGCACAAUCUCUGAUUGGCGGGACUCUUUGGCAAAACGUUGCAUAUGUGUGUCAAAUAUAGUUCGUAGCUUGUCUUUUGUGCCUGGGAAUGACGCUGAAAUGUCAAAGCACUCAGGCCUAAUACUUAUUUUGGGGAAGCUAAUUUUGCUUCAUCAUGAGCAUCCAGAAAGAAAGAGAACACCACGAACUUAUGAGAAAGAGGAAGAAGAGGACGAAGGGGUAGCCUGCAACAAAGAUGAAUGGUGGUGGGAUUGCCUUGAGGUUUUACGGGAGAACACGUUAGUUACUUUAGCCAACAUUUCCGGGCAGCUGGACCUGUCUGUAUACCCAGAAAGCAUUUGUUUGCCAAUUUUGGAUGGCUUGCUACACUGGAUGGUCUGCCCUUCAGCAGAAGCCCAGGAUCCUUUCCCAACAGUGGGACCUAAUUCAGUGCUUUCACCACAGAGACUUGUGUUGGAGACUUUAUGUAAACUCAGCAUUCAGGACAAUAAUGUAGAUCUCAUUCUGGCAACGCCCCCUUUCAGCCGUCAGGAGAAAUUAUAUGCUACUCUGGUUAGGUACGUGGGAGACCGAAGAAUUUCAGUCUGCCGAGAAAUGUCCGUUGCUUUGUUGUCAAACUUUGCCCAGGGGGACACAUUGGUGGCGAGAGCUAUUGCUGUGCAAAAAGGAAGCAUCAGCAAUCUGAUCAGCUUCCUUGAGGAUGGCCUUACUGUGGCCCAACUUCAGCACAGUCAGCCGAAUUUGAUGCACAUGCAGCCUCCACCUAUUGAACCAACCAGUGUGCACAUGAUGUGUCGAGCAGCCAAGGCUUUGCUUGCCAUGGCUAGGAUAGAAGAGAAUCGCUCAGAAUUUGUUUUAUAUGAGGGCCGCUUGCUAGAUAUUUCUAUAUCAUCUGUUCUGAACUCUAUGGUUGCAUCUGUCAUUUGUGAUACACUGUUCAUGAUUGGUCAAUUAUGACAGAAGUGGGAAGCCAAGCAUGUGUGAGUGGAGACAAAAGAGUUACAUUUGAUUGACCACUUCUGUUAUUUAUCCAACAACAAAAAGCAUCUUUGCUCCUCUGCCCCAUUUACUAAAUUGGGCUUUAAAAAGAUAGUCAAUUUGGUCAAAUAUAAGAUGGAAAUAAAUAUUUGCUGUCUAUGUGUAAGUACUUUUUAAAACAUUUUUUUAACCAAAGUUGCUGUCUAGUACAGUGGGGGUCAUCUUUAUCCCUAGAUUCCCUUUGGGUGUUUCUUUCAUGUUUGUAUGAUAUUUUUGGAAGCGAAAAAGGUGAAUUUUGAAAUGUGGCAAACAUUGUACAAUUAAAUAUUCUUUACCACUUAAAAAAUAUGAAAAAGUUAAAAAAAGCGCCAGAAUAAUUUUGAUGUACACACCACAGAAAGCUCUGUGCAAUAGAACUUAGUGAUCUAGGUGUAGGGGAUCAAAAAACAGGUGUGCAUUAGUCCAAACACGGAAAUUAAAAUGCAUUAGUCUAGCAGCAAAUAAACUGUUGAUCUGGGUUGCGGGGAGGGAGAGAAAGCGAUACACACAAUUGCUUCCUCACAAUACUGUCAUUCAUACCUUCCUUGACCUUCCACAGUAUGACAGUCCUCAGCCAUUUCUUGCUUCACUCAGUUCAUCCUUUGAUUUUUUUUCCACAGCCAAAAGGCUGUACUGUAUAUAGAAGUUGUACAUUGCACAUACCCUCAAACUAUUUCUGUUGUGUUUGUUUUUUGUUUCUUUUAGGAUCAGGUUUACAGUUUUUCUCUCUCCAUGAUGUGGUAAGGUUUAAAGAAAGUGGUAGAUUUUAAUUAUUUUUUUUAUUAUAUAUUUUGGCCAUAUCUCCAAUGAGGGUGAUGUACAAGUUUCUGUAUGUAUAAAGUCAUGCUCUAUUUCAAGGAGAGCAGCUGAUCACAUUUUGCUUCAUAAUCAAGGUGUGGAAAAGGUUAAGUACAGGUAUUGAUCAGAAAUUUUAAAAAAAAUGAAGAAACACAAUUUCAAAAAUUUUUCAGUGCGAAUCAGCAUAUUUGUAUUUCAAGAUAAUGUAGUUAAAACUUGAUGUAAAUUCCUCCUUUUCCUCUGGCUUAAUGAAUAUCAUUUAUUCAGUAUAAAAUCUUUAUACUAUAUGUUCCACAUGUUAAGAAUAAAUGUACAUUAAAUCUUAAGUGCUGUGAUGAUUGUUCUUGAAUAUUUUUUUAAAUGAUGUAAGUGCUUUGAAAGUUUCCAUGAGCACUACUGGAAUUGAAUCUUAUAGUGAAAAAAAUGUAUCAAUGCUGCAGAGUAGUUGCCAGAGCUUACUAUCUGUCAGUGCUGUAUCUCCCUGUAGAUCAUAAUGCAUCACAGGCUCCAGACAAUGUGUAUGCUUACCUUAAAAUACAGGAUAAUGUAAAGAGAGAUAAAUAAUUGUUCGUCUGACCUCAGUGUCUGGACUGUGAUGCAGCCUUUCUUUCAAUUGUUUUUAUUUUACCUGGUGUACAGUUUUGCAUUAUUUAUGGAAGUUUUUAAUUUACAGUGACUUGCAUCAGAAGUUUGACAUUCAGAAGUGCUUCACCUUUCUGCUGUGCUUGAGUGCCUACGUCACAAUCCUGUGCAUAUAACAACUGUUCAUAUUGAUUAUUCAUUUAGUAGGAAAGUAUUGCCAAGUAAUGGGAGAUUGGACUUUUAAGCGACAUGCAGAUCAUGUCAAUAAAAGUACCAAGCAUUCCAUUAGUAAGAGGGUUCACUAACAAGCAGGGAUUGUUAAGAUUCACUUGUACUUGCCAAUCUUCAUUAUAAUCAAAAAUAUUAGUGAGUUGAACUUUAUAUUAAGCAAGAUUCCAUGAUGCGGGUUCAUUGGCUGAGCAAUUCUUUUAAUGAGCAACUAGAAUUCUGUAUUUCUCCCAGUUGUCCCAUCAAGGACACCCACGGGAUCUUGACUGUGUCCUUGGUAAUCUUUUUAUUCCAAUUGGAAACAUUAGGGGAUCGGCUUUAAAUCCACAGGAAUUUUCUAAAAGUAAUCCACAAAUAAAUAAAACCUUACCAGCACGCUCUCAAUCCAGAAUAUUAUCUGCAGCUUCAAGAAAUACUUGGUCCAAAGUGGUUAAAGUGGCAUUGCCCAUUGAACCUUUAAAAAGUACUCAAAACAAAUGGUGCUCAAGCAUUUUUUUUUAAACUUGGCUUUUGGUCAUGCUAUGUACUUGAUAAAGCAGGGGUUUUGAAAGAUCAGAUAACGAGCCUGUAAAUAUAAUACUGCUGACAUACUUAUGCAGCAAUGGUUUUGUUGGUUAGUGUUGGCUGUCUGACCCUGUGCUGGAGACAGUGGCAGUUCACAUGUAUCUAAAAGCCCCUUCAAGGAAUCAAGUGAAUGGCAUUUUGAUGGUACAUAUUAGUGGGGGGCUGAUUUGGUGCUAGCAUGGCUGAGUCCCAUGUUGCACUAGAGUAGGCAAGUGUUUUUUCUAAACAAUAUUAAAACUUAAUGUUGCCUUUUAAUAUCAACAUUUCAUACUGUCUGUUUAAUGUAUGAAUGCAGGACUGAUGUAACAUUUUAUCAGUAUAGAGCAGGAUAUGAAUCCUGCUUGAUCUGGUUCAGAUUAUAGAGCCUGUAAAUAAAAGUACUUUUGUAGCACAAAA